GUGGGCGGGCCGUGCUUUGGCGUGCGAUGGCGGAGCGGGGCGAUUACCGAUGCGUGGAGUGCAGUAGGGAAGCGGCGGAGCUCUACCGCGACUACCGGCACGGCGUGCUCCGCAUCGCUGUCUGCAAAUCGUGCCAGAAACCUGUGGAUAAAUACAUUGAGUAUGAUCCUGUCAUCAUCUUGAUUAAUGCAAUUUUAUGUAAAGCACAAGCAUACAGACACAUUCUUUUCAAUACAAAGAUUAAUUUUCAUGGGAAGCUCUACAUAUUUUGUUUACUCUGUGAAGCUUAUCUGAGGUGGCUGCAACUCCAGGAUUCUAGCCAAAGUACAGAUCCUGAUGACUUAAUCAGAUAUGCCAAGGAAUGGGAUUUUUAUAGAAUGUUUGCUAUAGCUUCUUUAGAACAAACUUCAUUUCUGGUUGGCAUCUUUAUUGCCUUGUGGUGGAGGAGACCCAAGAUGCUAAAAACGAAGUCUGAUUUCAUUUUACUUCUCAAGGCAUUACUGUUGUCCAGCUACGGAAAGCUUUUGCUAAUUCCAGCUGUUAUAUGGGAACAUGACUACACACCUUUGUGCCUUGUGUUUAUAAAAGUAUUUGUCUUGAUAUCAAACUCUCAGGCAAUUAGAGUUACAUUGAACUUGAACCGAGUGUUCCCUUGGUUGGCUAUUUUCUUUGGAUUAAUUUUGGAAAAUGGUGUGGUUUGUUUGAUCCAGAAAAUUGGAUGGGAUGUUUGAAAUGUCAGCUCAGACCUAAAGAAAUAUGGAUAGGGUGAUGAUCAUUUUCAAAUGAAGAAGGUCAUAGGAUAUCCUGAGUUGGAAGGGGCCCACAGUCCAAUUCCUGGCUCCACACAGCACUACCCAAAAUUCAAACCUUGUGUCUGAGACUGUUGUCCAAAUGCUCCUCGAAUUCUGGCAGUCUGGGGCCAUUACCACUGCCCUGGGAAGCCUGUUCCAGUGCUCAACUUACCCACUGUUGAAGAACCAUGUCUUAACACACAACCUGACCUCCUGCUGAUGCAGUUCCAUGCUGCUCCAUCAGGUCCUGUUGCUGUCCCCAGAGAAAAAAUCAGUGCCUGCACCUCUGCUCACCUUGUCUAAGCAAGAUCUCUGCCAUCAGGCACUGAAGACACUGUUUUUAUAGUGAUAAUGAAGAUGAUCAGUAAUAAAAAUUUUAGUAGAUAGUUUGAGAAUGAGCUAAAAUGAGAAGCAGUUGAAGUUUGUGUGUUUAAUGUGAUAAGCAAUGAAACUUCAGCCUUAGCUUGUUUUUCUAUUAAAAAUGUGAACAUUUCACUAUCCUAGGAGCAUUAUAAAUCUAGCUAUAUAAAUGACUGAAAUAAAAAAGGUAUGCUAAAAAAAUUUCAGCUCUGUUAGCAAUCACUGCAUUUUGGCAGGAAGAGAGGGAUGAAUUGUUCCCUUAGGAGGAAGGAAAAGAAUCGGUGGAAAAAUGUAAAAGCCAAAAUUGAUAUUUCUGCAAAAACAGGUUUCAGAGAGAAAUGAACAUGUGCAAACAGAUUUUUUAAUAGAAAAGGCAAAUACUGCAGAUUGAAACUAAAGUGGAAAAACUAAGUUCCGUUCUUUGGUUUGUUUAUAUAAACAUUUCAGAAUAAUAAAAUGCCUAGUUCUAGAGUAAUCUCUAGGAAGUACAGUUCUCACUGGCUUUGAAUUGUAUGUUAUUUCAUAAAAAGUGAAAUGUAAGACUGAAAAGAGGCAAGAUUUGGAAAGUAUUAAUAAGGCGACACUUAAGAAAGUUUGCACUAUUUUCCUUCACAGGCAAGGAGAGGGAUAGAUGGCCCACGAAGGAACUGGCAGAGUUGAUUUUCUCAAGGCAGUAGUUAGGACACUGACCUACUCUUCUGCAAACCAGUUUCCGUUGUGUUUCAUCCAAUGUUUAAUUUUUCUGCUUCAGUUCUGGAAGGCUGUACUGUCUACAGUACCAUUUAGCUUCUUCAUUUUUCUCAGGUACAGUCUGCUAUCUAUGUUGUGCAAAAUGCAUUAGUUAAAAUUUUGCAACAUCUUCCAAGUUAACUAUGAACAGGUUUAGAGUAGGUCUAGAUUAUGAUCACAAAAGACAUCAGACAUUAAAACCCUUGAAACUAUGCAGGCCAUGUUGUUACUGUGUUAGAAAAGCAAAGGAUUGCUAAUUGUUUUUCAGUAGAUUAGAAGCCAACACCAUAUAUGUACCACUCAUUAAAACUGGCAUCUUUCUGAGCAUGUGAUGUGGCCAGAGAAAGCAAAAAAAAAUAAUUAAAAUAAAAUAAAAUCAUAAAAAAUAAAGUGCAGCUCCAUUUAAGUACACAAGACAAGUCAACACCAAAACUGUUCCAGUAAGCAAAUAGCUGUGAAGGUGUAUGAGGGAUCCACCUUGCUUUAGCAACUUUGGCAAUCUGGUAUCUAGAACAUGCAUUGUUUUGCAUAAUUAGAUUUGGAGAGGUACUCCUCCCCCAUGAUCUUUUUCAAAACAGUACAUUGCUGAUGGUGCUUUGAAGAGCUUGUCUUCCUACACUGCCAGACACAUCAUUGCAAUAUAUGCUGCAGUUUGAGAAGGUGAGAUGGGAAAGUGCACUAAAUAUUUUAUAAAAGCUUGAGGGAAGCAAGUUUGGCCUGCAUUCAUUUUCUUCCUUCACCUUCUGCCCAUAGUGGAAGAGGGGAUGUUGUUCUGCUGCAUGAGAGAGGGUGACAAGAAUAUGCACUAGGAAAAUGCUGGUGUCUGCUGAGUUAAACCCCAUUUGUUACUGUAACUCUCAUAUGGUAUUUUCCAGCUUCCUGUAUAUACAAGGAAAAGAUUUUAUAUUACAUAUAAAUGUCACCAAUUCAGAAGCAAAACGUGUAAAUAAAAUGUAUAUAAAUUUGAA